CUCUCUCUCUCUCUCUCUCCCCCCCCCUCUCUCUCUCUCUUUCUCCCUCUCUCUCUUUCUCUCCCUCUCUCUCUCAUCAUGUUUACAGCCUCGGAGUGUGUUGCAUAUCUGACAUUUCUCUCUCAAACUCCAACCGGCUCUGUUCUCAUCUGGAAGCAGGGAGACAAGAAGAGAAGAGAAGAGAAGAGAAGCUCUCACCUCCUGACCUCACCAGCCCGUCCAGCCUCAGUAACCCUCCUCUCAGCGGGAACAGGCCCGGCAGCCUGACCCAAUUCUCCCCUCUCUUCAUCCAAGCCAGUCAAAAUCUAACCAGCCCCCCCCCCCCCUAUCACCAUGGAGCGCGUGCAGCACAUGACCAAGUCGGCCAUCCGCCGAGCGUCUAUGAUCGAGGUGACCCCGCAGGUCAAGAGGAACCUGCAGGAGCUGUUCGUCAACUUCACCCUGAUCCUCAUCUGUCUGCUCCUCAUCUACAUCAUCGUCCUGCUGAGCAGCUGAGAGACGGAGCCCCAGAGAGAGAGAGAGAGAGAGAGGGUUGACAAGGCUCUGGGUUCGGCUGAUGCUCGGGUCACACUCAUACACACACAUCCGGUUUCUACCAAAAGCAUUAAUGUCCUCCCCCAUUGUAUCAGCCCAACUCUGUCUGAGCAGGGCCAUAGAGAUUAUACGCCUCCAAUUGAAAACAACAAGAGAAGACAGCCUGGACAAUGUCUCCAGUAAUAAUAUGUGUGUAUGAUGCUGAAAUAUCAAUACAGCACUUUUGUCUAACGUCCACUUCCAAUGAUCCCUUGUUGCUUCCUCCUGUUCGACAGUAGAAAGACAUGGAGGCAGAGAUAUUAACUUUCUCUGUUGUUAACAACGUUGAUGAUGCAUGAACUAUGAUUCCCAGGAUGCAUUUCAGUGAAGACAAACAUGACAUCACACAGCAGAGGUCACACUGUUAAGAAAACAUAUUAUUAUAUAACUUAUUAUACAACUCGCAGCUUGUUUUUAGAUAGCAUCAGUACCAUGGGUGUCGUGGAAGUCGGAGCCAUCUGCACAGCCGAACCAAAAAAACAUGAAGCCUGACUUCUCAGAAACAAAGUUGACAGAGUCGGAACUUGUGGCCUUGUCAUGAACCUAUUGAAUCAUCCCGAGGCAGAGUUGUCUGUUGGAAAAAGACGAUAUCAUUAAAAGAGAAUUCGGAACUGGGACACAAAUUAUUAUGAAAUGCAUCCCCUUUAAUUAAAAGCUUUAUAGAAGGCAGAGGGAAAGGGAACUGCUACUUGACCCAUCUGUUGAAUGUACAUUGAGUAAUUUAUAUUUUAAAAAAAAGAUGAUUCAUUUUGAAGUUCUCCAGUAAAUUGAGGAGAGUCAUGCUUAUUUAGAAAUGUCAGCUUAUAUUACACUGAGAAAUCACAUUUGAGUUAAAGACUGAGUGCACCUUACCUACAUGUAUUUCUGAUUCCAGGUCUGUUUAUCCACGAUGAAAACCUCACUCUGCAUGGUGUGAUGUCACUCAACGUUUCCUAUUUAUACCCUCACAGCUCGGUUUCUGCUAUUGAAACUAUUGCUGAGUGACAGUUUGGGGUUUGUAACAGCACGAGUGCCCUGAUUGGUGCAAUGAAGAUGUAGAAAGUGUUCUGUGAAAUCAGAUUCCUGAAUGUGAAGUGCUUUAUGAAAUCCAUAUGGGUCAUUUUGAUCUGUUUAUGUGUGUUUGGAAGAUUGUACCACCGGAUUGUUAAAUGACAAACUAGUGAAUAAACUGCAUGAAGACAAAUGAAAA